AGGCGUAACUUGAAAGCUUUCGUAACAGUUAAUUGCAUGAAUAUCUUCUAGGUAGCGCAUGACUUUUAAUUGUGCUUUAAUGAAAGAUGAAAUUAUAUACCGUCAUUCUCUAUACGUCGGAUCGUUCCCUGUUGACGAGCAGGACAAUGAAUGCAGAGCUCAAAAAGUCCAAAAGGAACUUGAAUCAUUAAGAUGUUUUACACGUAGCAAGUCUGUGAUCGUGUGUGUUUCCAUUAGUGGCAUAAAAAUAUGUUCAGAUGAUCUGAAGAUUGUUUAUAUGGCCCAUGCUCUUCGCAGAAUAUCGUACGCUACUUGUGAUGCCGUCCACAAACAAGUCGCAUUUUUGGCUAGGGAACCAUCAGGGUUUGGUAAUCUACAGUAUUGUCAUGUGUUUGUGACGGAAUCGCCGUGUGAUGCGGAAGAAUUAAAUCGGCUGAUUGGAAACGCCUUCAAAUUUGCCUAUGUUCGACAGCGCCUUAUUAAGCUUCAUCAAGCUGGAAAACAUGAUUUUUCCACUCCAGUAAAUAUACCUCAACUUAGCGAUUGUCAUCCUGUUUGGCUUCCUCAAACUGAACGAAAUCCCAACAGUCUUUCUUUGUUAAGCACUCUUAAACUCCCUCCACCUCCAGAGUUCCCUCCCCCAGUUUCAAUCGAAAAUGGAACUACAGCCGAACGGCAAACUAAUCUGUCGUCUCCUGGCAUCCAUUACACCAAUACAGAUGUUAUUUCAACAUGUGAUGAUCCUGUCGCUAGUACUAGCACUAUUAUGUCUACUUUCUGCCAUGAUUCACUCGAAUCAUCUACUGUAAAUAUGUACAAAAAAGACAUUAUUAAGCAUGAAUCUUUACCUGUGACAGUAGAAAAUCCAACAACUUCAUCCUCUUCGUCAGAUAACGAUCCUAACCAACUUUCUGUUCAUUCAGAUUCUGUACUAGUCAGAGAUAAUGGACUAAACAAUAACAGUCAGUCUAAUAAAGAUGCUAGUGAACUGGAGAAAAAACUUCACCGCAUUUCGACUCCACAAGCCAUAGAUUUGGCGUUCUUACGUCGUCAUUUUCUUCGACGAAGCGAGGGCAAAGGAUCUGAAAACCCCAAAAAUGUCUGUGGUGGUAGUGCCAGGCAACCCCGCUUACGCCAAGGUUCAACUCUCUCAAAUCUCCUGUCGUCUGCACGGCAUAGCUCAUUUUUCCCAAGCUCUUCUAGUUGUGUUAGUGACAGUACAAAUAUCCUCCCUAAAACUUCACAGUCACAAGAAACUCCGGAUGUGUCUGAUAUAUUGAACACUCCUAACCCCACUCGCAGACCACCUAUAUUUGUGGAUCUCCGUACUUUUGCUGGAGGAAGUCCAGUUGUUGCACUAAAAGAACGUUUGGAUGCUCAAGCUAUUGCAGAUGCUAAGGCAUCUGCUUUUGCCGAGGCUGCAGCUGUCCUUGCAGCUGCAAAACAGGUAUCAUCCAGGUCCUUAGCUCCUUUGCAGCCAGCCACGAACAAUGCCUCAAAAAAUGUAGAACAGCUGACUAAACCAACGAUGUGUCCUAUUACCAGUCGUACUCCGAACUCGCCAUCCAGUGGAAAUUCAUCAUCGGUAGAAACUUCCGAUUUAUCUCCACCUAUACCACCAGUCAGAAUGCAUUCACUUAGAAGAAGUCAUGAACAAUAUAACUCAAAGAAUUUUUCACCUCAUUUAUCAACUUCCAGUCCUGUACCUGAAGAUUUAUUUAAUGAAUUAGAUAAAGACGAAGAUCGUGAAAUUGUUGAGUCAAUCGAAGCUGUUAUGAAAGCAGCAUCAUAUGAUUCAAAUAGUCCAAAGGAAAGAAAACCAAAGCAUCAAAAUACAGAAUGCAAUCCUUCCAACAUUACUUCAUAUCGUAACACUACUUUAUUGGUUGAUGUACCUGAUGUGCCUUGUCAUUCAAAGGAUUUCAAGCAGCAAUAUAUAGAUGGUUCAAGGAUUUCCCAACCUAGUGUUUACAAGCAAACUCAAAAUAGUACUAGAUCAUCAGAAUUUCAUGGAAAUAUACACGUCUCUUCUGGAAACUCUUAUCUUCUUGGUAAUAUGGGCUCUCAACCUCAACCACAGUAUCCUUUUGAACAGCUUAUUGAACUCAAUCGAAAUGAUACCCAACAAGAAAAACCUCAUUCAUAUACACCUGAUAUGAAUUUUGUCAGUUCUUCUUUACAUGAUCCACUCCAAAUUUUGGCCGAUACAACAUUUCAAGAUACACAUAGAAAACAAAUAUUUCCUUCAACCGUAUCUAGCAAUGUUCGUGUUAUGCCUACACCAGGAUCGAUAAUGUCAACGUCAUCACUUUCAACAGAGACUCCAACACCAACUGCUACUCCUACACCAACUCCUGAACAAACCUCUCAGUUUCAGGGAUGUAAUAAAAAUUCUGGUGAUAGUGAUAAUUCUUUAAAUCAAGCGCCUUGGUUUCAAGCUAUGCUACCCAGAGAAAUAGCAUUUGAAUUGCUCGCUAAAGAAGAGGUUGGCAGCUUUUUAGUUCGCAACAGCGCUACUCAUCCUGGUUGUUGUGCUUUAUCUGUUCGAGUACCAAAUAAGGAUAAUCCGAUAGGAAUAACCCAUUACUUGAUACAAAAAACGAAUCGAGGCGUUCGGUUAAAGGUCAGAUAUUUUUUUCCCAGUGUAUAUCUUAAUUGUUCAUAUUUUUCAGUAGCAUUGAUACUUUUUAAAACAUUGUUUUGCUAUGAUAUCCGAAUUUAUUAGCUGUUAGUCAAUUCAUAUUUGCGUUUCAUCCGGCAAUAAAACCUACUUCUAUUACAAGUAAUGAAUUAUUAAUAGUCGGUUUUCUUAUUAAUGUGAUUCAAUGGACAUACAUGAUAAUAAGUAUUGGUUGAGUUUAUUUGGAAGAUUCAUUGUCUUUCAAAUGUUUUUCGCACUUUCAGGUAGCAAUACAAUGUUCCAUAUUUUGUCAGUGAUCCUUUCAACUGUUAUUACAAGAGUGGUUACAUUUUGAAAUAAUAGAUGAAAAACCGUGUAACAUUUAUUCAGUCUAAUUAUUUAGGGAAAUCUUGAAAUGGUAUCCAUAUUGUACAUACUUUCUGGGUCUACUUCUUUAAGAUUUACAGAUCAAUAGCAUCUCUUAAUGUAUAUAUUAAUGAGUUAAGAUUGUUUGAAAUUAGAAAUCAGUGUUAACCUGAGAAAAUAUAGUCAUUUAACCAAAGGGCUAAUUAAAGAUUAAUAUGUGCACAGAAGCAUGCAUUUGUGGUGAACUUUGAACUAUUUUCAAGUAUUUAAUUAGCCUCUUUCAUAUUUGAGUCUGUCUUAUCGAAAUAGUUUACACUCAAGUAGUGUGACAAACUUUUAACCUCAUUGCAAUUUAUACAUGUGAGUCUAAUCAGUAAUGUUUGAGUUUCUUGUAUUGUAUAUAGUUAUCAUACACUCUUUGUGUUCUCCUAAAUUUUGAUCUCCUCCUUGUCUCUUUUUUUUUCUCUUCCUAAAUUUAUUUUACUGUAUUAUACUCUUAUUACCUCUACCACUACGGGAUUUGAAUUGACCACUGCAUCUCUGUGCUAAUGUGGUGUGGGAACUCGAACUGAUGUACGUACGUACGAAGUUCUACGUUGUUACUGACUGACUGACUGACUAUCAAGUUUUACAUCUUUGACAUCAAAUAUUAUUUACACUAAUCAAUUUAAUUUAAAUGCGAUUCCGUAUAAUUAAUGAAGCAUAGAAUGAUCAAAAUAAACAAGAUGGGUUGUUUCAGUGAAAAUAUCUGUUUUCAGUAAAUUCGCUCAGUGAAUUCCUUCUGUUUAUUUAGGAAAAAAAUAUACUAUAACGUAAUAGUUACUUGUUAGUAAUAUAGUUAGAUAACAUUACAUAAAUAUCGUACAGGGUUUCGCCUUAUGUUUGAUAGUCUAACUGUUCCUUAGAGUAACGUCUGGAUUAUAUUUAAUUAUUUUCGUUCAUUUAAUUUUGAAAUUACUCUUUAAAUUAUAUUUACAUUAAUAACUGAAUGGUGUAACUAAUUUUGCCCGGGGGAAGUUUUAUUAAUAUAUUGCUUAGAUUUAUUUUAAUCACUUUUCUCAGAACUGAAAUAUCAGUGAUAGUAUUAUAUAUGCCAUAUAUGUGUCAGGUUCUACGUUGCAUAUGACUGACUAACUAAGAAUUUCUUCAUGAAUUCAAGAAUCCCUGAUAGCUGAAAAGUUUUAUGUUGCUGAUUUACACAAUGAAUUUAUUAUAUCCAUUUGUUAUACAUAUAUUUUUCACUUUAUAACUCAAUUACAUAAAGAAAUCAAAUUUUCAAUACUUAAAUUCAUUCAUGAUAAUAAACGUUUUAUCCAUGUACCUGUAACUUGAUAAAAGUUUUUUUUAUUGAGACAAUGCUAAUCUGAUCAUUUUGUAUGGUGUUUUCUUACAUUGAUAUCUAGUUUAAGCAUUUAGUUUAAAAUAUGCUUGUCUCUAUUUUGUAGCAUUAGAUUUGUUCGUAUAUUGAUAAGCUUACAUUAAUAAAUGUAUAGAGCUUACUUUUAUAUAAAAUUUAUCUUUCAAAGGGUUUGGACAAGGAGUGGCCAUCCCUACAAGCUCUUGUUACUCAUUUGACUGUCAUUCCAGAGAUGCUUCCAUGUCCUCUCAAGCUUCCACAAUAUACUGCUAAUCCCAUCUUUACACAGUUCGAUCCGCAAUUGACAAAUGGCCCAUCAAACGAAAUUCCCAAGCAACAUCGUAACUAUAACAUCAAAUCAUCACAAACAGAAGUGGGUGAAAAUAAUCGUGUCACCAACUCAGAUUUAUCUAGUCACCAUCCCCAGCGUACACUUCAUUCAGUCGCAGAUCUUCCUUGUAGACCAGUCCUACCAUCAUGUGCUACUAUUUCUCAUUUCAGCCCUGCUAAUCCCUUUGACCAAAACUUAUCAUCCCACAACAUGAUAGCAAAGGAUCCACCUGUACUUGGCAGUUAUCAAGUAUCAAAUUUAUCACAAUGCAAAUCACAAAUGCCUAAUUGGUUAAUGAAUCAAUUAAAUAAUGAUAAUAAUCAUUCGUCAACUAAAAAUUCAGCAGACAGUUCAAAUCAAAUAUCACUGAAAACAGAUUGUAUUCAUUGGAAGCAAAACUCCGUAGAUUUAGCAUGUAUUUCUCAGUCUGAGUACAUAGAUGAACAACGGUUUAUGAAUGAAACUAAUAACAGAAAUAAUCGAAAACUAAGUUAUACAACAAAUGAUUUAUCAAAAAAUAAUGCUUGUUUAUUGCUAGAUUACGCAGAAGAAGAUGAAGAUUAUCAACGUUUGUCCGAUUUUUCUUCCAUAUUGGCUGAUUUAAAUCUUGUGCAUGAAAGACCUUUGACUAGUUGUUAGUGGGACUUUUCUAAUCAUACUACUUACAUUAUACUAUUUGUUAAUAUUUAUUCUUUAUUAAAUUCAUUUCAGCCACAUCAUCCAUAUUCUAUCAUAGCUACUUUCAUAGUUCAUAAUUUGUAUAUUGAAGAAGUAAAAUGGUCUACUUACGAUAUAACUUUAUUUAUUUAUUUCUCUUUGAAUCACUGAAUUAAAAUGUUUGGUAGUAGUUUUUUAUUAUGUACAAUGGUUCAAACUACCAUCACCAUAAUUCUCAAUAAGCUCACAUGAAAUUGUAUCUGUUUUUACAUGAAUACAAAUAUUAAUUUGUUUAUCUCAUAUCUUUCAUUUGUCUUAUUUGCCAUUCCUAAUGGUUGUUAUUACAUGAAUGUCAGGUUAGGUUACUUAAAUUAUUUUGCUACCUCUGUUGGAUAAUAUUCUGUAAUUGGUUUCUUAUUGUUGUUUUCGCUGUGUAAUAUAUAAACUGGGAGACUUAUUUGCCAUUCGUCUUAGUUAGAUCUUUGCCUACAUAUAAUAUAUACAACCACGAGCAUAAACUUUUAUAAAUAUAUCGUGUUCUAGUUCUUAUCAUUAUUACAAUGCAUAAAAGAGAUUUUCUAAUUUGGCCUUCUUUAUUUGUAUGCAAGUCUAUUGUUUUCGUUUCGUUUUUUUGCUUACUUCUCUGUUGUCACUUCAGAUCAUACAAAAAACUCAUUAUGAGACAAUGACAGAAUGAGAUUCCUC